ACUGAAUUUUUUUUAUCUAGUAUUUAUACUAAGUGGAGUGUAACAGAUCUGACAGAGAACUCUUAUAUAUUGAAAUUGAAUUAACAUUUCGCUGUUACCUUGUGCCCCACCCUUUCUGAAUCUAUUCCCAUAUAUAUUCUUAAACAUUAUUGCAGUAUUUCUACAAACAGCUCUUUAAAAACAAACUACUUAAUAUUGUUCGCGCUCGUUAUCACGCUAUUAAGAGAUAUCUAUAAUAAUGAUGGUCGCCGACCAAUUUAUGAAACAGUUAUGUUCGAUCAACGUACGCGCGCGGACAAAUCGCCAGCUUACAAGUAAAUUAUAAUAAAAAGAUACAGUCCACUAAUUUUAAUAUUCGUAUUUAUCAAUUAUUUAUUUAUUUAUUAUACAUAUUGAACCAGUUCUAAACAUUUGGUCCAUCGUGCCGCAUCGAUAAAUUAAUAUAUAAUUUGAUUUUGUAAGUUUUGUCAUCGCCGUGCUCGUUGUCGUACGUUUAUUAAUUAAGUGCGUAUGUGUACCGUCUUAAGUGCGUUUCGUAUUUUUUUAUUACUUUAUUUAUCGUAUAGUUCGCAAUUUGCAAUUAGUUCGAGAUUCGUAAAUAAAUAGACUAGCUAGUUCUAUUUCUCAUCUCGUUCUAUUUUUGGUGAUACGGUUAAAACGCCCAUAACUCGAGUAACGUGUGUUAUAAUAGGAACAUCAUUGGUUUUAUUCCAAACCCUAUAUAGUACACUCGGAAUUUAAUGCAAUAGAGCGCUAUUGUAAUCGCGUAAUACAAUUGACUAUCUGAAUAGAUAUCAACGUUAUGGCAGAGAAAGUCCAGUUAAGCAUUCGUCGUGGUCAGUUCAAAGGACAACUAUCACGAUUUGUAUUAUUUGUUGAGAGAAAGAGUGGAGAAGAAAAUAUUGUCACCAGUCAAAUCAUACAUAUCUAUUCCUACUAAACCCAAUACUAUAAAUAGUCAAUUCGGUUCUUCUAUAAUCAAAUUACCACCAAUCGAUCUACCUAAAUUUUCAGGAGAUUAUCCUGAGUGGCAAUCGUAUUAUGAUAUGUUUUCCACAGCGAUCAACGAGAAUAACAAUCUCAAUAAUAUGCAAAGGUUUUUUUAUUUACGAUCUUCAUUAAGCGGAGAAGCUGCUAAGGUAAUACAGUGUUUACCUACCACUUCUGACAAUUAUACAAUCGCCUGGCAAACUCUAAAAGAGCGUUAUAGUAAUACUAAGUUGUUAGUUCAAGUGCAUACUAAGUCGCUUUUCGAUUUAAGUCCAAUAUACCAAGAAAGUGCUGAAGAAACUCGACGUUUUCAUGAUACGUUAGUGGGUCAUAUUAAAGCUCUAGAGAAUCUUGGUCAAAUGCCCGACUUGUGGGGGUCACUAAUUAUACAUUUAAUUACAUCUAAAUUGGACGUACAAAGUUUGCGUAGCUGGGAAAUCGAAUCACCAAGGUCAGAGGUAGCAACAUUAAAAAAUAUUAUUGUGUUUUUAGAAUCGCGUUUUAGAAUGCUAGAAGCUAUCGAAUCGUCUAGCAAAUUACAAUCUAAUAAUAAUGUACGCAGCUUCAGCAAGAAAAAUUUUAUUCAAAAAAGAAGUGAUCGUAAAAUAAAUGCAUUGUUUACAAGUGGCGGUAGCGUUACUUGUUAUUAUUGUAAACAAUCGCACACUAUUUAUCGUUGUCCGUCGUUCUUAAAACUUACGGUAAAUGAACGUAUCAAUAAAAUUAAGCAAUUAAACCAUUGUAUUAUUUGUUUAAGAGCACAUGCAGAUGAACAAAUAUGUAAGGCCCGUCGUUGCGCAAAUGUGGACGCGGUCAUAAUAGUUUAUUGCACGUAAAUUCGAAGACAGAUAAUGCGGGCAAUUCAGAUAACGUAGAAAGUAUUAUUGACAAUAAAGUGCCUGAUAAUACAACGCUACAACAGCCGAUAUUAACAAACGCGCACACUUAUCAAGGCAAUUACAACAGUAGCCGCAGGUCAGUACUGCUAGCUACUGCCGUAGUACAUGCGUAUAAUAAUGAAAAUGAACCCGUAGUGUGCCGAGUAUUGCUAGACUCCGGCUCACAAAACAAUUUUAUCACCGAUUCAAUGGCCCAUUAUUUGAAAUUGAAAAGAAAAAAUGUAGCGUAGUCUGUUUUUGGAAUAAACGAGUCACCGAAUAAUGUUAAACACCAGGUAUCAGCGAUUAUUAAAUCUCGCGUAUCAGACUUUAAGACAAACUUGAAUUUUUAACACUUCCCAAGCUGACCAGUUUCUCACCACAAUCGGGUAUUGAUGCGAGGGAGUUAAAAAUACCGUCAGAUAUUAUUUUAGCCGAUCCGCUGUUCGGCACACCGCAAAGGAUAGAUAUGCUGAUUGGAGCUGACAUUUUCUAUGACUUAAUGUAUUGCGAUCAAAAAAAGACUGUUGAAAAUGGUCCUGUUAUACAAAAGACUGAGUUCGGUUGGAUCGUAACCGGUCCUAUCUCAGCAAGCUUCACUACAUCUAUGUUCGCAACUACUGUAUUACCACACCAACAAGAUGUAGUUGAAAAUGAUAUAAACGCCCGAAUUAAUUUAGAUGACCAGAUAGCGAAAUUUUGGCAAUUAGAAGAAGUCAAAACUAAAAACAUUUUAAGUUUAGAUGAAAAGGCGUGCCAGUUGCAUUUUGAAAAUAAUACCAAACGGAAUGAAAACGGACAAUUUGUUGUAUCAUUGCCGUUCAAGGAUCAUUCCCUACUAGGUGAAUUGUAUCAAAUAGCUUUAAAACGGUUUUUAUCAUUAGAACGGCAAAGGGGGGGCCUGGAAAGAAGGCUCCCCCUGUGAAGAAGAAAGGGGGAAAGGCCGAGGGGUCUCCCGGAGCGCAGCCCGCUAGUGGAUGAGAUUCCUCCAAGUGAAUCUCAACCACUGUCGGGCCGCUCAGGACCUAGUCCGGCGGGCGGCGUACAAGAUGGGCACCGACGUGUGCAUCGUCUCGGACUCGCACGCCGGAUCGGUCCGGGACUCUGCCGGCUGGUUCUUGGACCGGUCCGGCAGAGCGGCGAUCGGCGUGAUGGACCGCGGCCUGGCGGUCGCGGACAUCGAGUCGGGCGACGGUUACGUAGUGGCAAGGAUAGACGGCAUGGACGUCUUGAGCUGCUACGCGCCGCCCAGCUUGAGACAAUGGUGCAGCAAUGAACCACUAUUGUUAAGAGAAUUACCUUUAUAUUUAAGGAAAGUUGAUGAUGAUGCAAAAGAGCCUAAUAAAAAUAUUACUAAAAUCCUUGGAUUAUAUUGGAAUCACGAGAACGAUUGCUAUCAAUACAAUAUAAAACCAAUAAAAAUAUCUGGUCAAUGCACAAAAAGACUAGUUCUAUCCGAAAUAUCGUCGCUAUUUGAUCCACUUGGAUUAAUCGCUCCAGUAAUAAUUACUGAUUAUUCAAGAUGAUUAUGCAACAGUUAUGGUUGCAAAAAAUGAACUGGGAUGACGUUUUACCUAUUCCAUUACAACAAGAUUGGUCAAAAAUGCUUGUGGACUGGAGCAAAUUAAUAAUAUUAAAAUCAACCGUCUAGUUCUCGGCAUCGAAAAAAUUAAAAAACUAUAAUUACACGCGUUUGCUGACGCAAGUAUGCAAGCCUAUGAUGCUUGUACAUACACACGCACUACAGACAUUUAUGGUAAAGAAGUGAUAAAUUUAUUGUGUGCAAAAUCAAGAGUCGCGCCAUUAAAGGUAGUUUCGUUACCUCGGCUCGAACUGUUAGCUGCGCUUUUGGCCGCUUGCUUUAUGUCAAAAUAUGCACCAAAAUUACAGUUACCUAUAAAUGAAUAUUUUUAUUGGACAGAUUCGACACUGGUAUUAAAUUGGUUAUUAUCUCCGUCGUCUCGUUGGAAAACUUUUAUGGGAAACAAAGUAAGUGAAAUACAAGAGUUAACGUCUGUUUCACAAUGGAAGCAUGUUGCGUCCAGCGACAAUCCAGCGGACAUAGUGUCAAGAGGCUGUUUUCCAUCACAAAUGAAAAGCUUAGAUUUAUGGUGGAACGGACCUAGUUGGUUGAAAGGGGAACAUACUCAAUGGCCAAGUAAUUUUCAAGAACUUAAUUCUAAAACUGAAUAUUUGUCUGAAGAAAAAGUAAUUACUAAUUUAUUCUUAACAACAGAAAAUAAUUCUUUUAAUCAAAUUUUUAAAUUAUUUUCUUCAUUAAGUAAACUUUUACGUGUUGUGGCUUAUUGUCUUCGUGUGAAGUCUAAUUUGUUAUCGAGUGACACUAAUAUUUAUGGUCCUGUAAAAGCUACAGAAAUUGAAAAUUCCCUUAAACGUUUAGUGAAGGUAGCGCAACAAGAAGAAUUUUUUACUGAGUUGUGUGACUUAAAAAAUUCAAAAUUAGUGUCCAGUAAAAGUAAACUAUUUCGUCUUAAACCAUUUCUAGAUAACGAUGGUAUAAUCAGGGUAGGCGGUAGAUUGAAACAUGCCGUCUCACUGUCAUUUUUUCAAAAACAUCAGAUAGUACAAUCGAUUGGUAAUGCUCUGUUUAACUAUGAAGAGUUAUAUACAAUACUUGUUCGAAUAGAAGCCAUAUUAAAUUCGCGACCGUCGACACCUUUAUCCACGGAUCCAAAUGACUUAUCGGUUUUAACACCUGGUCAUUUUUUGAUAGGUGAUUCGCUAUCUGCUUUUCCCGAACGUGACGUAACGAAUAUUAUGGAGAACAGACUAACUCGCUGGAGGCGUGUAGUUCAAAUUACGCAAAAAUAUAGAUUAGAUGGAAGAACGAGUAUCUCAAUCAGUGACAAGAGUGAAAAAAAUGGUCACAAUCAAAUGGUCCUGAUUUGAAGAAAAACACUGUAGUUAUCAUGCGUGAUGAAAACUUGACCCCUUUAAAAUGGUCAAUUGGAAUAAUAAUAGAAGUUCAUAGUGGUUCUGACGGUGUCGUACGAGUGGUUACUAUCCAUACAGCAACCGGUGUAUACAAACGAGCUGUUCGUCAAUUAUGUCCAUUACCUUUCGAGGGAAAUUGUACAGCAAGUUCAAAUAAUUAAAAAUGUUUAAAAUGUAUGUUUAGUAAACUAUGUUAAAAUCCUUAUGAUUUGAAAAAAAAAAUAACAAUAAUAUCUGGUCUAAAUAUUGUGAUAUAAAUUCUUGUUGUUUUUAACACGCUUAUAUUAGUUUCGCAUGUAUGUUGUAAGUUUGUAACUCCACGCGGCACGUGUUAUUAUGUCGCGUAUCCCGUCGUGUAUGACCUUGAGACUAGACUGUCGUAACGCGUUUACCCCACCCGACUUACCACUCGUCACCAACAAUAUUUUCCUGUAUAUUUUUAUUUUUGGUUUUUGUACUCGUAUACGCGUGCGUGUCAUCAAUUAUAUAUAUUUAUAACAAAUUUUUAUUGUGAUUGACACGGCCCCGCGUCGUUUCGUUAUACACGAUGCCCCACGACUCGUGCCACCUUUAUCAGCCGUCACCCUAUUUUAUAAGUAUUUGGCGCGUUAUACGCCGCGGUGCAAAGUCCAGCAAGUGCCGCACGACCGACGACGUUCCGCCGCUAAUGAUAUCGUAGUCUUCUUACUGUUGUCAAAGUGACAACGUCAACAAACCGAUCUUCUCUCGCGCACCGUUGUCAUCUAUGCUGCUAACCUUUUGCCGACCAAGGAGCACGUAUAUGUUAAUAUUAAUUUAUAUAUCCCUACAGCGGACGCCGCUGCCGCCGUAUAUGACUCGUGUAUAACGUUCCUCCCGCCCACAAAACACGGCUAUACCUCGUGCAUGAUACGUUUACGUACUUAAGUCGUUUUACAUGUAUAUAUAUAUAUUCUAAUUACUAUUAAAACUUAUAUAUUAAUACGCUUUAUUCUCAUUAAGAGAUAUAUAGGGUAUUUAUUCCGAUUACAAAGGAUGAUCCCCGUAUCGUCAUUUUUCGUCACUACCUCCACAUUGCGCGCCUGCUGCUUUCUUUAGAUGUGGUAGCCGUUUGUCAGACUUCCUCUGCGGAAUCGAACCCUGAUUCCCCUUUACCCGUUACAACCAUGAUAUUGACAGUAACUACUAUCAUAACAUGUAACUAAAAAGUGGAAAAUAAAUAUAGUUUAAAAAAACUAAAAACACGCUUUUAAAGCACAUCGAACUAAAAAGUUCAAAAUAAUUUUUAAAAUAAGCGUAAAACAAUGAUGAACGAAAAGUACUAGUAUUAUUGUGAUAAAAGCGUCAGGCGCUUAAUAUACGAAAAAUAUGACACAAAGCAUCCACGCUUUUUUCACAAUAA